CAGACGGAGCAGCAGGAGCAGCAGCAGCGGCUCAGGGCUCAGCGGCUCCCGCGUUCGUGCGACUCUCAACUCGAGCUGCUCCCAGGCAGUGGCGGCGGUGGUGAUGAUGGCGGCGGCUGUAGAGAGAGGAGGCGUCCGGGCCGCUUUCCUGAACCCGAGCGGUGGUGGCGGUGGCGGCGGCGGCAGCGGCGGAGGAGGAGGACCGGUGCCCCCGGUCCUCCCGGGACCGGGGCUGGCCGCGGCGGCGGUGCUCGGCUCCGGCUCCGGCGGCAUGCCCGUCCCCAUGAACCUCUUUGCGACCUGGGAGAUUGACCGUUCAUCCCCGAGCUGCGUUCCCAGGCUCUGCAGCCUCACUCUGAAAAAGCUGGUCGUCCUCAAAGAACUGGAUAAAGAGCUGAACUCCCUGUCCAUAGCAGUCAAAAUACAGGGUUCAAAGCGUCUUCUGAGAUCAAAUGAGUACGUCCUCCCUCCCAGUGGACUGAUGGAGACGGACCUGGAGCUCACAUUCUCACUACAGUACCCCCAUUUUCUGAAGAGGGAUGCCAACAGACUGCAGAUUAUGCUUCAGAGACGGAAACGUUACAAGAAUCGAACCAUCUUGGGCUAUAAAACCUUGGCUGUAGGAGUUAUCAAUAUGGCUGAGGUGAUGCAACAUCCAACAGACGGAGGACAGAUUCUGGGUCUCCAUAGCAACGUGAAGGAGGCGCCAGUUCGUGUGGCGGAGAUCAGCGUGUACUCUCUGUCCAGUCAGCCCAUCGACCAUGAGGAAGGGAGCGGACAGGCUGGCCGCAAGACCAAAACAUCAGACCGCUCCCCAGAUAUGGAUAAUUACUCGGAGGAUGACGAUGACAGCUACUCAUCGGAGCAGGAGGCCAGCGAUGAUGCAGUUCAUGGUCAGGAUCUUUAUGACGAAGAUGAUGAGGUUCGAAAGCCCAAGAAAGCCCGUAGGAAAAUGAUCCGGACCACCUCCAUGACCAGGCAGCCAAAUUUCAAGCAAAAAUUUGUGGCCUUGCUGAAGAGGUUCAAGGUUACAGAUGAGGUGCUGGAUUCCGACCCGGUGGACCAGACUCAGGAGGUGGAGGAGGAUCUGGACCUGCUCUAUGACAGUCUGGAAGUUUACAACCAGAGUGACAGCGGCCCCGAGAUGGAGGACAACGAGAGCGUGCUGAGCACUCCCAAGCCCAAACUCAAGCCGUUCUUUGAAGGGAUGUCUCACUCCAGCUCUCAGACUGAGAUCGGAAGCAUACACAGCCAGAAAAGCCAGCAGAGAGAGCUGUCAUGUCCCAGCGGAGACUUUCUCAGUGUGGAGAGAUGUAAAGUGCAAGGGAGCCGGUAUCAAGAUGACAGCAUCGUAGACACAACUGUCGGGGAGCCUGAAACCGAAGAAAGUGGACCCGGUCCAGGAGAGGUGAACAACUGGGAUGUCAACACUGAAAGGAUCACUACUACUGCUGGCAAGCUCUGCAAGACCGAGUCCCAAAACCACAUGUCUCCCAGUAAAAUGGAGAACCGGCUGCAGAGACGUCCUCGCAGCACCUCCAUGAAAGACAGGCAGAACUCCAAGGCCCAGAGUGACAGGACCAGCAGCAUGGAGAGCGAGUGCUCCCCAGACUCGCGGCUAAUAGCGCAGGUUCCCAGGAAGUCUGUGUACGACCAGCUAAACCAGAUCCUCAUCUCAGAUGAACGCUUGCCCGAGAGCAUCAUUCUCAUAAACACCACAGAGUGGCAAGGACAGUAUGUAGCAGAGUUGCUCCAUGAACAGAGCCAGCCCAUUGUCUCCACGUGCUCUGCUGCUGAUGUUCAGGCUGCCUUCAACACCAUUGUUACUCGCAUCCAGAGAUUCUGUAACUGCAAUGCGCAGACACCCCCAACUAUGAAGGUGGCCGUGGCCGGCGACCAGAGCUACCUGAGCACCAUCCUGAGGUUCUUCGUGGAGCAGCUGGCCAACAAGACGCCCGACUGGCUCAGCUACAUACGUUUCCUGGUGAUCCCCAUCGGCUCUCAUCCCCUGGCGAAAUAUGUGGCCUCAUUCGACAGCCGGUUCAACAGCAUCUUCAUGGACACGGCGUGGAGGGAGCUGUUCUGCAGGACGGAACGGCCCGCCUCGGACAACAUCGACGUAGCAGCGCGAGUCAUUCAGUACCUGGCCGGUGCCAACAUCUCCCACCAGUUUCCCAUCUCAGAAGCCAUGCUCACCUACAAACAAAAGAGGAAAAGAAGUUUGUAUUUUGAUUUUUAUAUCAGCCCGGAUGAGGACUCCUGUCAGAAAUUUGUGCCAUUCAUUGGGGUUGUGAAGGUUGGGAUUGUGGAGCAAAGCCUCUCAACCUCGAUGGACUCGGAUGACGCGAUGGGAGUGAACACGAGCAUCCUCUCCUCCCCGACUCCCCCAUCGGCUGGCCCGCAUGGGAAAGAGAUUGGGAGCACCCCUCCACAGUCUCCCUCGGUGUCCACGGCCCUGUCUGGAGCUGGCUCUCCAUGUUCGGGCAGCGAGCUGAUGGGGCUGCAGGUGGACUACUGGACGUGGCAGGGGUCGGAGAAGAAGAAGGAGGGAGACAAAAGGGAUGUGGGACUGAAGAACACCCUGAAGAGUAACUUCCGUUCGCUACAAGUCAGCCGCCUGCCCUGCGGGGGAGAACUCACUCCUCCCCCCAGCAUGGCUAUGACCGUGGUCACCAAGGAGAAGAACAAAAAAGUGAUUUUUCUCAGCAAGAAGCCGAAGGAGAAAGAGCUGGACUCUAAGAGCCAAGUGAUUGAUGGGAUCAGCAGGUUGAUCUGUACAGCCAAGCACCAGCACACCAUGCUGAGAGUCACCAUUGACGGGGUGGAGUGGAACGAUGUCAAGUUUUUCCAGCUCGCUGCCCAGUGGCCGACGCAUGUCAAGCACUUCCCGGUGGGGAUCUUUGGUUACACAAAGCCGGUGUGACCCCGGCCACCGUCCACUCACCCACCAGACUCUCCGCGGCCCUCGUCUCGUCUCGCCGAGACGCCGGCGGCCUCCCAGCAGUAAUAGUUUUCCUGUGGAAAUCUUAAAGACUCACAACCACGUGUUCAACACACAAACUUCUUGUUGUCUCUUUGAUGUUUUUGAUGUUGUUGGGUGAUAUUCUUGUUUUUGUUUUCCUUUUUUUUUUUUUACACACUACAAAAAGAACAAGUACUAUUUUGUAAGAUUUGUGCUACCGCCUCGGAGGUAUUUUGGGGUUUUCGACAAAUUGCCACAUUUCAAUAAUGGCAGCUGUGUUUGCACUUUGUUUUUGUUAACAUUUUAUUAUUUCUGUGAAAUCCUACAUUUAUUGUUACUCUAUAGAUAACGGAGGAGCGUGAUGGUGAUGUGCAGUGGCGUGCGUGAGACUGUUGAAGACCCUGUUUGUGUUUGUUGUUGAAAGUUGGAAUAUUGCUGUGAAUUUAGAUGGAAUCCUUUUUCUUCUCAGUGCUCAGUUUUCUUACUUCACCCUUUACUUUCUGAAAAAAGUACAUUUUUAUAGGAAGGAAUGUAAUAUUUUAUUGUUUUUGUUUGUUUUUGCCUAGUUGCUUUUAAGCACACUAAAGCAAAUCGAGAGGAGAAGUGUUUGAAUGUAGCUCGAUCACAUUCAUGACUCGCUGGCGGUUCAUCGCGUCGGCUCAGCUGACGCCGUCGCGAUGGCGUACACUCCCACUGCACCAGCGAGGGCCACAUAGACGCAGGGUGACCACCGUUUUUAUUUCCCACUAGCUGAAUGCCAAACUAAGUUCCGUUUGAAUAACCUGUCCCACACUUGUGCUGUAAUUUGGUCUUCUUGGAGUCAUUUCAUGCCACAUCAGAUUAUAUCCGCUAAACGUGUCGUUAGCUAGACCAACUGGCUCAACUUGGCCAAUACUGGACUGUGCAGUGAUGUGCCAAAAAAAUAAGUUUUUACAGUGUGUUCAUAAAAGGUCUUGGCCUGGCCUAACAUCUCGGUGUGUUGUACUGAAAACUAAAGUUGUACAUUUAACGUGUCUGUGGUCCCUGUGGAGAUCAGUAUUAAGAUUACUGAGUUAAUUUAGAGAAAUUUACCUGUGACAUUCGAUAUUUGGCCAAAUGUCAAAACAUAUUUACAGAUGUCUGUAAAUCCUAAGCGAGCGAGUACCAGCGUGUCUUUGAGCACAGCCCUGAAGCGUACCGACGUUUCAGUAUUGAGCCCGUUGAGGGACAAUCCCAGAAAUGAAAGGCGACCGCCGCCUCUGCCGCGGGGCGCAGCGCCGAGCAGGUGUAAAAUAUGACAAGCGAACGGAGUCUUGCCAGACGUCCAAGUCACUGCCUGUGUGUCCGUGUUGGUGUGCUCUGUGUUUGAUGGUACUCCCUGAAUAGUGUUAACGUGAAACUUCUGCAAUAGGAAACCUUUGGACAAAGGGCCUUCUGCAUGAGUUUGUUGCUUUUUAUAAAGUGAAGACUUAAAGCUUUGAUAGGCUGGCUUUUCUCUUUUCUUUUUCAAAUUGUAUAGAAACAUGUACAAGAUAUACUAUUGUGAACUGCAAAGCCCCCUUUCACUAAACUGAGAGCACAAAGCGUGCACCUUUUAUUCCUCGACAUGAAUGCCAAAUAUAUUUCCAGAACUCACGACUGUGGUCGACAAUGCAAACACUAUUUGGGAUGUAAUUUCCUCCUGCGUUUCCCUCACUUUGUAAUGCACUUUUGUAUACAUAGUAGUUCAAAUUGGGACGUCAAUUUUGUUGCGAGAUGUUAUAUUUGAAAUGUAAACCACUACCUGUAUUCAGACGAAGGCUUUCUUCUUCUCCUUGAGUUUCAUAGGGGCGUUGUGUUGAUGUGUCGGCGCCCUGCGAGGUCUGGAAAACCUUCAUGGCUCUCUGUUGCCUGAUGUAUCACUGCUUAAUGUUAAGAUGAAUUUAGCAGCUGCCACUGAACGCGUCUGCUUGUACGGUCAACAUUUCCUAGUUCCUGCUUUCUGAAGGGGUCGCUGGGGUCUCCCAGCUGCCCCCCCCCGCGUGUUCGUAGUCCCGGCCUGUGAUGCGUGUUGAAGCCGGGCAGACUUGUUUUAGGGGAUUAAUCAUCCGAGUUAGCCUUUUGAAUUACUAAAUAACAAGCAAAAUAAGUAUUUGACCUCAAUUUAUUGUUUUGUAUUUUAUUACCCCCCCCCCCUAGAUC